UUCCGGGUCACUGCCGUCUUCGCCAGCUCCAGACUCCGCCCAUGGCCCGUCCUUCAGGCCUUGACUCCGCCCACGCAUCUGACGUACAAUUUCCAGGCCGGGCUCCCUGAAGUGCCACCCACCAGCGACGCCGACGUGAGGCUACUGCCAUGGGGCCGAGCGGCUGUGUGGCGCGGCUGCUCGCGCCACUAAUGUGGCGCAGGGCGGUUUCUUCGGUGGCGGGGUGCGCGGUUGGAGCUGAGCCCGGGCUUCAGCUGCUGGCCAUGCAGCGGCUUCCCGUAGGAGCAGCGUUCUGCCGGGCUUGCCAGACCCCAAACUUUGUCCGCGGCCUGCACAGCGAGCCUGGCCUGGAGGAGCGGGCGGAGAGGACGGUCGACAAGGGACGCCCAGAAUCGGACGCGGCAGAUCAUACUGGUCCCAAGUUUGACAUCGAUAUGAUGGUUUCACUUCUGAGGCAAGAAAAUGCAAGAGACAUUUGUGUGAUCCAGGUUCCUCCAGAAAUGAGAUACACAGAUUACUUUGUGAUUGGUAGUGGAACUUCUACCCGACACUUACAUGCCAUGGCCUUCUACCUUGUGAAAAUGUACAAACACCUGAAAUGUAAACAUGACCCUCAUGUUAAGAUUGAAGGGAAGGACACUGAUGACUGGAUGUGCGUGGAUUUUGGCAGCAUGGUGAUUCAUUUGAUGCUUCCAGAAACCAGAGAAAUCUAUGAAUUAGAGAAAUUAUGGACCCUACGUUCUUAUGAUGACCAGUUAGCUCAGAUAGCACCUGAGACAGUACCUGAAGACUUCAUUCUUGGAAUAGAAGAAGAUGAUACUUCAUCUGUGACUCCAGUGGAGUUCAAAUGUGAAUAAAAUAUUUUAUGCACCGCUUUAGUCAUUUCAGAUUUGGAUUGAGUCACUUAUUGGAAAAUACAGCUCCUAAAGCCUGCCUCCUUGGUUAGGCUGCUCUUAGGACAAGGCUUGUCUACUUCAUGGGCACUCCUGCUAACUGAUAUGCAGAGACUGUAGAUAAGUGGGCUAAUACUUGCAACCAAAAAUCAGUACACUCUACCCAAAACUUAGACACUCUGCCUUUAUCCUAGAAAUGUCAUCAGAAUUUCCUGGAGUGAGUUAGCACUGGCUCCUGUGAUUGAGUUCUCUGCUCAGAUUUUUAUUCAUUUAGCUUAAAUGUAAAUCUUAACCCUGUUUAAUGGAAUGGCAAAAAUUUUAAAAAGUAACAUAAAAUGUACCACCAGCCCACUGAUCCUAUUUUUAUACUUUUCUUUGAGGUGAUAAUAUUCUUCUAGGAGGACUUCUGUAACCCUUCCACAAUACUCCAGUAACAAAAGAAAGUAAACAAAGUGUUAGGAAAAACUCUGAAAGCUCUAGUUCUUAGUUCAUAUGCAAGAGUAUUAUCAAGGUUCACAUUAAGUACCAUGGCUGGACAUGGUAUAACAGAAAUCUGUCUAUAUAGAGUUUGAAAAACUCAAAUUCAGAAUGUUCACAUACAAUUGAAAACCAAAAAUAAAAUGUACUACACAACAAACUGCA